AUGGCUUCUUUUUUCGAUCGUUUACGAAUGAAUAUUCAAAAUUUUUUUAAAUCAAUUUUUGGUGGUACGGCUAUAAAUACGGUAACUGGUACUGUAGAAAAAGCGAUUAAUACUACUGUACAUACAGUAACUGGUGCUGUUCAAAAUCUCGUUAGUACUACUAUCAAUACGGCAACUGGUACUGUUCACAUGGUCGUCAAUACUACUGUAAAUACAGUAACUGGUACUGCUCAAAAACUUCUUAAUACUGUUGGUAAUGUCAUCAAUAGUGCUGAUGAUAUCAUUGCCUCAUCAGUAAAUUGGCUAAAGGGUAUUCAAAAAUAUUGGCCUAUCUAUCUGGCUAUUAUUGCUAUUAUUAUGGUCUGCAUUGUCGUCCUGUAUUAUUCAGUUUGUUAUUACCUUAAUCGAAAGAAAGCUAAUUUACUCAGCAGUACAUUUGUUGACCUUGCUAAAGUUAUCAACAACAAAAGUGAUAUCUUGCAACAAAAAAAACCACUGCCAUAG